AUGAUCGACCUCGGAGAGCUGUCGGAACAGGACGACGGCUUGGCUAGGGCAAAGAGCUGUGUAGCGGCGGCGAACUGGCUGAGGGCCGGCUCCCCUGCAACGGCUGAGUGGGUCUCGCCCUCGCCCUCGCCCUUGGCCUCGUCCCCGCCUUUGACCACCGGCUACUCUCCUCCUCGUCUGGCCCUACUCGCCGUCGUCUAUCCUCCGCCCACCACCACCCAUCCUCUCCUCGACAUCCUUGCCAUCCUUCCCUCGUGUCGUCCACAUCCCCUCGCCCCUCACCCGCCAUUCGCAUCUACAUCCGCAACCCCACCUCUUCACCUCGCGCGAGCGGUCAGUCUUCUUGGUAGCUCGUCUCAACUGCCACAGGCUUCGUGCACCAUCCAGCAGCGCUUCAUCUUCGAGCCACUCGCAUCGAACAGCUGCUAG